AUGACUUCUCUCGAAUGGGGCUUCAACACCACAGGCGUUUCUGUCGUCCAAGCAUAUGCCGACAGAGUCAACGGAAAGACCAUUCUCAUCACUGGCCCGAGCCCUGGCGGCAUUGGCUCUAAGAUUGCUUCCGACCUUGUUGAGGGUGCUUCACCAGCACGUAUCAUAUUGGCAGGGCGCAGCCUUUCCAAGAUUGAGCCCCUCGCGGCCGAACUCCGCCGGCUGAAGCCGUCAGUCAGGGUCCAUAUCGUCUCGCUCGACCUUGGCUCCCUCGCCUCUGUUCGCAAGGCUGCCCAAGACGUUGCCCAGCUAACCGGCCGCCUCGACUAUCUCUUCAACAAUGCCGGCAUCAUGGCCACAAAAGACUUUGCUAAGAGCGUGGAUGGUAUCGAGGUCCAGUUUGCCGUCAACCACGUUGGCCACUUUCUCUUUACGGGGCUCUUGUUACCGCUCAUCAAGCAGGCGGCCGCAUCCGCAAAGGCAGCGGGAGACCUCACGCUCCCGGCGCGCAUCAUCAAUCUGUCGAGCAACGGCUAUAUUUUCGAGGGGAUCCGCUCUGACUACAACUUCCAGGAUGGGAAAGAAUACGACCCAUGGCGCGGAUACGGCCAGGGCAAAUCAGCCAACAUCAUCUUUGCACGCGCUCUCGCUAGCAAGCUUCGCCACCUGAACGUGACUUCCUUUGCCGCCACCCCUGGGCUUGUCCUUGAGACGAACUUGCAGGACACUGUCGACCGAGAGGUGUGGGCGAGUGUAGGAGCUGCCUAUGACAAGGCCUGGGAGGGCAGGGACAAGCCACCGUUCGAGGAAAAGAAGCCUCUGGCUUGCGGCACCUCGACUCCUCUGAGGGCAGCCCUGGAUCCAACUCUGGCAAGCACGCCUGGUGAGUACCUCAUGGACUGUCAAAUUGUGCCGGAUAGUGCCAAGCUUGAUCACAUUAUCGGUGAUCAAGUUGCCGACAAGCUCUGGGCUCUCAGCGAGGAGAUUGUUAAACAGAAGGUCGUGGUCUGA